AGAUAUUAACAAAAUGUUCAACAAUAAAACCAUUUUUCUAAUUGGAGUCCUCUUGGCCAUCAGCAUUGGCCUGUCAUCCUCUGCCGGUUUAUGUAAGGGCUGCAAAGGCAAACUGUUGGUGAAACAAUUGGAAACUCUAGACAGCAAACGCAAAUGUUGGUUAAGCAUGGAUAAUCAUGUUUUGCUCAACUUUAAAUUGGCUGUUCUGAAGGGUGUUGCUGGUGUCCUUGAAGACCUCUACACAAAAUCCAAUGAUUUGUCUCGAGCCGAAUGUAAAACCGAACCCAUUGCUGAGUGCGAGGCUACGGCUGAUAAAGAUGCCGAUAUUGAAUGCAUUACCAAUCGCAUGAAGGCAAUGGCCAAUGCCUAUGUUCAACUUGAGGAAUGUAAUGGUGAACUGUUGGAUCGUAAAGAUUUGAAUUUGAUGUUUAAGGUAAUGACUGGAUCUGCCGUCGGAUGGCGUGUUGUCCAUCCUCAGUGUUAAUUUGAUUUGAUGGUCAGUAAGACUGUAUUGUAAUUUUGUGUGUACAAUCACGAGUUUUAUUCGUGAAAUGAAGAAAAUGAAAAAUUAAAUGUAUGUAAAAUAUCAAUCAUUUUGAAUCAAAUUGAA